GUCAGAAUCCGAUGAGACAGAGACAGCAACAGAGCAGGAUUUUUACAUGUAUCAAUGAAUGUGUGUGUGUGCGCGUUCCUCAAAAAAAGUUGCCGCUAACUCCGAACUAGCACAAGUGGAUCUCAAACUAAACACUCGCUGCAGACAUUGAACAGAUCACACUCUAAUGAGUUCUAACUAAGUAUAGAUUCUUGGAUAGCCAUCUUCAUUCAAGACUGCUUGGUGGAACGAAGGUUACCAGCGGGGGUCUACGUUCCCAGGCGUGGUGGUGUUCCACUCGGACGUUCAAAACUGUUUCUUCAAAGGUUGCUCCAAAAAAUUUCAAGACUGUAUCCCAAAGUAGAAACGCAGCAGUCCCAGGCGUUGGCAAUGGGCAGCGUGCGUGCCAACCGCUACAGCAUUGUGUCGUCAGAGGAAGAUGGGAUGAAACUGGCCACAAUGGCCAUUGCCAACGGUUACGGAAAUGGCAAAAGCAAAGUGCACACCAGGCAGCAAUGCCGGAGCAGGUUUGUGAAGAAAGACGGCCAUUGCAAUGUCCAGUUUGUAAACAUGAGUGAGAAGGGGCAGCGCUACUUGUCGGACAUCUUCACAACAUGUGUGGACAUCCGCUGGAGGUGGAUGCUGGUCAUCUUUUGCUUGUCCUUCAUCUUGUCCUGGCUGUUGUUUGGUUGCAUGUUUUGGCUUAUUGCACUGAUGCAUGGUGACUUGGACAAGAAUAAUUACAAAGAAGAGCAUAAGCCAUGCGUUUCUGAGGUCAAAAGCUUCACAGCUGCAUUUCUAUUCUCCAUUGAGACACAGACAACGAUUGGGUAUGGCUUUCGCUGUGUGACAGAAGAGUGCCCGAUAGCUGUGUUCAUUGUGGUCUUUCAGUCCAUCGUGGGCUGCAUCAUAGAUGCUUUCAUCAUUGGCGCUGUCAUGGCAAAGAUGGCCAAACCAAAAAAGAGGAAUGAAACAUUAAUCUUCAGUGACAACGCGGUGAUUGCAAUGAGAGAUGGAAAGCUCUGUUUAAUGUGGCGAGUUGGAAACUUACGCAAAAGCCACUUGGUGGAGGCUCAUGUUCGAGCCCAGCUGCUGAAAUCAAGAAUAACCCCAGAGGGUGAAUACAUCCCUUUGGAUCAAGUAGAUGUCAAUGUAGGCUUUGACAGUGGAAUAGAUAGAAUAUUUCUGGUGUCCCCUAUUACAAUAGUACAUGAAAUUGAUGAAGACAGUCCUUUUUAUGACUUGAGUAAGCAGGAUCUGGACAAUGCAGACUUUGAGAUUGUAGUGAUUCUGGAAGGAAUGGUGGAGGCUACUGCGAUGACCACCCAGUGUCGCAGCUCGUAUCUCGCCAGUGAGAUUAUCUGGGGUCAUCGAUUUGAGCCAGUGCUCUUCGAGGAGAAAAACUACUACAAAGUUGACUAUUCUCGCUUUCACAAAACCUAUGAGGUGCCCAACACACCUCUCUGUAGUGCCAGGGACCUGGCUGAAAAGAAAUACAUACUCUCCACACCCAAUACUUUUUGCUAUGAAAACGAGGUGGCCCUCAUGAACAAAGACGAUGAGGGGAGUGAGAGCGGGGUCCCUGAGAGCCCGAGCACAGAGACUCAAACUAACACGGACCAUAAUCAGGCCACCGUUCCAUUAGAACCUCGCCCACUGAGGCGGGAAUCUGAAAUCUAAUACCUAAAGUAUCUUUUAUUUUUUAAAGAGAGUAUCUGUCAAAGCAUAUUGUGCUUACUGUGGCCGGAAUAGCCAGCCAGGAAGGGUACUGUUGAAGUUAGGCUUUGCUCAAAUAAGCUGCUGCACAGGUGGGUUCGUCCUUCAGCAGAAAAUCAGUUCUUUCAUACAAAGCACUAACAAUACUUUCUGACGCAACGUGAAGGCACAUAAUACUGUAUGCUGUAGCAUACACAAACCGUAUAGCAAAACUUGAACUUGCAGGAAAGACUAGGUGGAUAGCAUUAUCUAAAGAUGGCUUUCAAUGGAAACUUGUAAACCUAAGAGAUUUCCAUCUGCUCUGAAUGGUUUAACUAAAUACCUGAAAGAACAGUGACCACUGUACAAUGAUUUCAAAGACAAAGGUCUUUCUGUUAAUAAGUGAAUCUGCAGCUUAAAUAAUAUUUAUUUCAUAGGAUUUCUUUUAUUGAUUUAUUGUGAACAAAAAAAAAUCAGUAUUUAUGAUUCCUGUGUUUUUUUUUUGAGUAUCAUCCAUUAGAAUGUGGUUUGAUUUUUUUUCCACUAGUUCCUUGAAAUUAAUCUAUUUUAGUUUCCAGAGAAUGGGUAACUUGGUUCUCAAUAUUAGUGACCCACUUGUUCCAAAGGACAGGGUUCCAUGAUGAAUCAAAAGGAUCUUCAGCAUAUCUUUGGGCAUUGUUCACACACAAAAUAGUUGCCAUUUUCCAAAAGCCCAGAAGGAUAUAAAUCUUGAACGUUAUGUUCAAACUACAAAAGGCAUGCAGAGCCAUCCCAGUACUUCGGAUGCUGAGAUGCCAUGUACCCUAAUGCAAACCAAAUGCAGGAAGGUUCAGCUCCCAAAACUGAUACUUUGUUGGUCAAACACAUUCUUUCACCUUUCACCAAUUACAGUCCUCUACCUUAACUGCCCUCACCCACCACCCCAAUCAGAAGGGAGAUGCUCUCUUGAGACACUUUGCUGGAGAGCAGAUGAGAUCUGGUUGGCAGCGGUAAUAGGGUACACUUCUCUGAAAAUCAGAUCAUGAGCCACCUUAAUGCAAUCAACUAGCCGACCAUCUUGAAUGCCAUGGCCACUUGUACUAGAAACACACCUGAGCCACAUGCCUGGCUUUCUGGAAUGAUUUUGCUGCAGCAAACUUGCUCAGCCCGAAAUAGAAGUAAGUCUCCCAAUGAGCAAGCUCUUAUGGUACUUGCACUCUUGGAGGCUCUAUAGCUUGUCUGAUCUUCCCAGCUUUGAAAGAGGCUGAAUGGAAGGUGAGGUCAUAUUUAGAUUCUUAACAUCAUGUUGUUAAUGGAAGGAUCCAAAGGAUUUUAAUUUUUUUUCCAUCUUCCUACUUCUUGAUAUUUCUUUUUUUCACCUGAAUUGAUCGCCACUGAUUCCACAGCAGUAGCUCAAGUCAGUCUCCCUACAUUCCAAGACUGGUUCAUCAGAGAAAGGAUUUCUACUGCUAUAUCAACACACCUGGACCAACCUCCCAAGUCUUCACAGACCAGUUACCUAUUCUCUAUAGGGUAGUCCAUGAAAUAAAUCCAUCAGAUCAGCUCCACAUCUCCAACAAAGACGUCAGCAGGAUUUACUAAAUUAACACUUCAGGCCAGCUUGUAGUAGUGAUAAGGCUCACUGAACUUUCUGGUAUUAACUCUUUGACUAUCAUUUGCUUUGAAACAUGCACAGUUUUAAAAGUAAGCUUUUAAGAUUGUUCAUUUUUAAGCUGAACAUUGAGGGCAUUGGAAGUAAGAGAACAUUUCUCUUUUUAAGUUACCAGUAUUCUUUGGAAAGAAGCAAGUUAGAUAAAAGUCAGACUCAUUCUGAGUUUGUGAUGAAGGGUUAUUGACAUACUGAGAGCAGAGAUUAAAGUGGGGUCAGCUCUUUUCCCAACUACAAGUUGUCUUCUUGUCUAAGUACAGCUUUGUUGAGGAAAAGGCUCUUGGAGGACUUGAAAUCACUUGCUUAGGAAAGUGGCAAGCUUCACUGUACUACAAGUGUUUAAUGGUCCUAUGGAAGUAAAGAACAGUGAAUAACUUCACCAUGGCUUGGAGCCAAUUUGGGGUGGGAUGGGAGUUGGGGUGGGGAUGGGUGUGGGAGGUGGGAAGCAGGCAGGGUCUGGGUGAAGAAAGCAAUACACACAAGUGACUGAUUAGUUACGUACAGAGAGAAAAUACGCACAAGGCAACUCGAAGGUGGAUGCCAGUCAGUAUAUCAAAUAAAAAUGCAAAAAUACUGCACAUGCUGCUAAAACUGGUUCCUCAGAAUGGAAUUUCAACCAAAGAGUAUUUAAACCAACAAAUAAAGCAAUGGGAGAAGAGCAGGACACCAAGGAGCUGGCUUACAUCACUUUGGAUUCGCCCUGCUAAAUGCUGCCAUUUCACUGAAAAGAAUUUAGCACAUUUAAAAAUAUAUUAAAAAAACUUUCUUGAACACUUCAGGUCUCAUCACCUGAUUCAUAUAUUUAUCAGGAAAAAAAGAAACAGCAUUUGUACAAAAAACCUCUUGCAAUAUAUAUAGUUUUUAAAAAAAAAUGUACAGUUUAUAAAAGUUUAACAAAUAUUUUCAUAUUUAAAGCCAAAUGUAAAUAGAUUCAAAGUAAGAUGCCACAAGAGGAUUAAAACUGGCAGUUCAGUACUUGUAUCAACCGGUAGAACCUAGUUGCUGCAGGUUAGCGCAGGUUACUUGAUUUUAACAUUGUUCAAGCUUAGUAGGGUUUGUAACAACUAUGAACUUUCAUUAUUUAUUAUUUAAGCAUGACAUGAAAUUAAAACUCAUAGAAUAUCUUAAAGGCAUUUAAAAUAAAAUAACUGGUUAGAAUUUGGAAAGCUGCAAUCUUGUCAGAAGAAGACAAGCUAGUUUAACUCUCAUGCACUCUUUGUACGAGAUAUUUCUACUAAAGAUAUUUCUUUUGGCCUUCCUACAAGGCGUGUUGGGAUAACAAAAUUGUGAAGUACUGUAACGUUUAUAAUGUAUAGCUGCUCUCGACCAUUUAAAUUAUUUAGUGCUGCAUGGUGGUCACCUCUCAGCCAGUAAGAUUUGUUGUCUUAUGAACUCCAUAGCUUUCCCUCAAAUUACUUGCAGCUUGAACAAGCUAGGUUUUGGAUGAUGUUCUUGAUUUUAUUGUACUUGUCCCAAUUUUGCAACCUUUUUUUAUUGAUGUCUUCCUACUGUACUGCACAGAUCCACCAUUUGUACAGAUUUUUAAAAAAAAUGUAUGUCUUAUUUUAUGGUUGAAAUAAAUUUUUUGUGAAAUACUA